UAGAAUUAGUCCAAAGUCUUUGUAACAGGACCUUUAAAACUAGGUACUGUACUUAUUGGUAAUUACAGUAAAACCUCGAUUUAACGAACUAUGAACUAAUCCGGGCGAUGGAGUAUCCGCUAUAUAAUAAACAGUAAGAGAUCAUAUAACAGCGUGCAAGAGGCAAAGAUUCUUUUACGUAGCCAACAUGUCGGAGUUUUCGUUUCAUUCCAAGUGUAUAUCAAAUUAUAUAAAAGAAAUGAUGGAUUAUUUAAAACAACACAAGGGCAUCCCACAAGGUGUGCAAAUACUUUAUCAACAAUUUGUAGCCAGAAAUGUCGAUAAUGCUUUCGAUAAAGUGGAUCCAGAACAACUGCUAAUAAAUGCUUUAAGGUUGUACGAAGAGAGAUUCAGUGUACAAGGUGCAGAUCAUCAAGUUUCAAGCGAAACUGGUCUUACACGACCCCCGGAAUAUUAUAGAUCAGUUUUCAGUGGCUUCAAGCAAAGAAGUGUAAUCAAAUUGGAUAUGAACGAGAGAAUAAAAAUUAUUGUAAGAGAAUUGGGUAAUUUGAUUGAUCGACUUAAGGUGCAGAAAGAUUUUCUUGGCGAUAUUAAAAAAUGCGAAGAGAUUAAAGUGGAAAUUAUUAAGUUUCAAGCUGAAGCUAAGGAAGCAGCGAAAAAUAUAGACGUGAAGCGAAAAGAAUUGAAAAAGAUUUUGAAUGACAUUAAUGAACAAUAUGAAGAUUUGCAAAUCUUUCAAUCAAUGAAUAAAGAUGAAAGAUAUUUGAAAAUUUACAAUUUAUAAGUGUUGUGUAGAUGUUUUUCUGUAAUUUUUCAAAUUACUAAUAAAAAUUGUAUUCUGGCUUCUUGUAUGUAACCUAUUCAUUUUAUGUAGA